UAAUAAUUUUUAUGGAAAACUCAAAAAAAAUGUAAAGAAAAAUUUUCUUCAUGAAUGGAUAAUAAUAAUAAUAAAUCUCAUAAUUUUAAAUGUACUACAAUAUCUGGUAAGAAGUUUGAAGGAGAAAUUAUCGGUUUUGAUGAAAAAAAAAAUUACAUUAUUCUUAAAUCUGAUGGAUCCAAACCUGGUCUAAAUAAUUUACAUAUUAUUAACUUAAAUGGUGCUAUAUAUGAAAGUAUUCCAGCAUUAAAGCCUGAUCCAUUACCUAUAAUAGAUGUUUCUAAACUUGACAAAAAUUAUGUUAAAAACAAGGAUAAACAUAUAUUAAAAAAUGUUACUAAGGAUGUUACACCAAUUGGAAAAUCACUAUUUGUUGAAAUUAGCAAAACAUUAAAGGUUUCAUGGAAUGGGGCUGAAAUAAGGGUAAUGGAUGAUGUUGUAAUUUUGCCUCCUUAUCAAUUAGAUAAUUGUUCUGGUGGUGAAACAGUACUUCUUCAUGUUAAAAAAAUAUUGGAAAAACAUCAUGAAAAAUAUAACCAAAAUAUUAGAAAAAGUAUCAAAACCUGAUAAGCAUAUAUUCAUAAAAAAAUUUAUAUAUGUAAUUAUAUAUUUAAUAAAAUCUGUAUAAGUUGUUAAUAAAAAGUAUUUUUUUCAUCAAGAGUAUCAUAUUAUUUUUCAGGGCCAUAAUUGAGACCUCCAGGACCAUGCUGGCAGUGACAUAAUAAAGACUAAUUUUGGCAGUAGAUUAAUCUAAAUAGGCAUUUUUAUUGUCAGCACAUAAAUCUUUAAAUCUUUUGGGCAGUUUUAUAAAUUUUUGGGCAUAAAAUUAAUCAAAAUGGACAAAAUUAAUAAUUAGGGCAAUAUUUAUAAAAUAUUGAGCAGUAGAAA